CCCGCCGGCCCGGCACCUCCUGCGCGCGCGGAAGGGUUAAUUCGGAUCGCACGAGGGGAGGAGACUCCCGCGCGGGUACAAAGCGUGAUGGGCGGUGUGCGGCGCCGAGACCGCCAGGCGUGCGCCGCACUCCGGGGGACGCGGACGCCGGGAGCGGAGGAGCGAGCGGAGCGGAGGAGCCCGGCCGGGCGCGGCUGAGGGAGCGCGCGGCGACUCCGAGGCGGCCCGAUGAACAUGUCAGGGUUGGCGCUGCAGGAGUACGAGUUCGAGAAGCAGUUCAACGAGAAUGAGGCCAUCCGGUGGAUGCAGGAGAACUGGAAGAAAUCUUUCCUGUUUUCCGCUCUCUACGCUGCCUUUAUAUUUGGUGGUCGGCACCUGAUGAACAAACGGGCGAAGUUUGAGCUGAGGAAGCCAUUAGUGCUCUGGUCUCUGACCCUUGCAGUCUUCAGUAUUUUCGGUGCUCUUCGAACUGGUGCUUACAUGGUGUACAUUCUGAUGACCAAAGGCCUGAAGCAGUCAGUCUGUGACCAGGGUUUCUACAUCGGGCCCGUCAGCAAGUUCUGGGCUUACGCGUUUGUGCUAAGCAAAGCGCCAGAACUAGGAGACACAAUGUUCAUCAUUCUGAGGAAGCAGAAGCUGAUCUUCCUGCACUGGUACCACCACAUCACUGUGCUGCUGUACUCCUGGUACUCCUACAAGGACAUGGUGGCCGGAGGGGGCUGGUUCAUGACCAUGAACUACGGCGUGCACGCUGUCAUGUACUCCUACUACGCCUUGCGGGCCGCGGGCUUCCGGGUAUCCCGGAAGUUCGCCAUGUUCAUCACCCUGUCCCAGAUCACGCAGAUGCUGAUGGGUUGUGUCAUUAACUACCUGGUCUUCUACUGGAUGCAGCAGGACCAGUGUUACUCUCACUUCCAGAACAUCUUCUGGUCCUCACUCAUGUACCUCAGCUACCUUGUGCUCUUCUGCCAUUUCUUCUUUGAGGCCUACAUCGGCAAAAUGAGGAAGACCGCCAAGGCUGAAUAGUGCCGGAACUGAGGAGGAAGUCAUAGCUCAGGGUCAUCAAGAAAACUAACAGACAAAAGAAAAUGGCACAAGGAAUCACACAUGGUGCAGCUAAAACAGAACAAAACAUACGAGCAGACACAAACCCCGAGGCAGCUUAGGGAUAAUUAGGUUGACCUGACCCAGUAAGUUUAUGAUCCUUCAUGGGUGAGGACUCACUGAGGGCACCCGAUCUCAAAGCACGCUGCUGAAGACCCCGCUCCCAUCCCUCACCCGUCAACUCCAGGACAAACCACAGCACCGUGCCGAAACAGAGCCACUCGUGGGAAGCAAAGUGCUAGCGCUCUGUGGGAAAACAUGCACCUGCUCAGUGUUCGGGUUCUCCAAGACGGGAUUUCACUUUAAAAGCUGUGCGUGCACACACACACACCCCUUUCUAAUCCUUUUCAACACAAAACCGGAGCCAAAAGAAAAGAUAGCAACGGAGAGACACAGGGUCUAUAUGUAGAACAAUAAUGCUUUUGCAGAAAUUCACACCUUUUAAAGGAAGGUCAGCUAUUGUAGCUCCCUGAGAGGUGUCUUAGUCAUUUUUUAUUUCAUCCAGAAAGUAGAUUGGUAUUUCCCCCUCACUGCACAGCCUCAGGCUAGUAGUUUGCCAAAGCCACGUGGGCUACGAUGCUUUUCCAGGGGCCUGGCAACACGGGUGCCCAGCCCCACGCUGUGUGCAUUCCUGCCCCAGACGUGGAUGGAAGAGCAGAUGGGAAGUGAGCAGGAUGCAGCCUCCAGAGGACCUGCACAGGAAUCGUGCUGUCCACAGCCGGCUCCGCCUGGCCCCAAGCUGGAAGAGGCAGGCAGUGGGCCGAGAUGCAGCAGACAGUACCUGUGCCCUCUCCUCUCUGACCACACGCUCUCAGCUCCAAAUGCAGCCCUGUGGGACAUUCCAUGUUUUCUAUACUUUUGCAAAUUUCAAAAAGAAGUGUGCAGGGUUCUGCCUGAGUCGUGAACCACACUGUGUUCCUGCAGCGCCUGCCCGCCUCCCCAGCAGUGCAGAGGCCUUUGAAGUGCCCUCUGCUGGCUGAGUGAAGAGACGGCAACCACCACGCCCCAGCCCCUUGGGCUAAAGACAGGUGACAACCGAGAGCCCCAGAGACGAAUCCUUCAAAUUCUAAAUGAUAGCAGACACCCAUCAUCUCUCUGGUCAGAUAAGAAGACAUCCUUCCUGCUUCAAGGGAACUUCAAGAAAAAAUUUUAAAAGGGACUUUUGCUCUGGAACUCAGAAAAUCAAUCUAUUAAGAGCCAUAUUCUUAAAAAAAAAAAGCUAGAUUAUAUUAUCUAUGAUAUUUCAGUCCUCCAUAAGCCAAAUAAAUGUGUCAAUGUUACUAGUAUUUCAAAGAAGCAAUUAUGUAAAGUUGUUCAGUGUGACACAAUAGCAUUCUAAUUGGUUAAGUAGCUUAAUGAUUAGGCAAACUAGAUGAAGAGAUUAGGGGCUACCUACACUACGUAGAGUACACAUGUAGCCACAUAUAUGCACACAGGUGGGAUUCAGUGAACCCCAAAGCCCAAAUGCAUAGGAACACAUAUUCUGGCUAGCAGAAACUGUUGUUUAUCUUUCUUGCUUUAUUUUGAGAGUGUACAGUAAAAGGGAUUUUUCAAAUUAUUUUUAUAUUAUUUUAGCUUUAAUUGUGCUGUCCUUUGUGAAACCCAGUGGCUCCACUUUUCUGUCCGAGACAGCAAGAGCUUCGUCAGCAUCUUGUUUAUUGUAUGGAAUUUAAAAAGAAUAAAGUUUUAUUCCAUUCCAUGUGAACAGCUUGAACCGUAAACAGAAUCCAUGCAAACCAGUGGAGACUCGAGAGCACAGAGGCAGCCUGCGAGGAGGGACCCGCCACCUCCAGGCCACGUGAUCUGCAGUCGGCAGUGUCCCUGUGGGGUCCCUAGGGAUGAACUGUUAUGGGGCAAAAUUUGGACCCGAGCUGCAGAUGAGUCCUGCCACCACCAGCGGAUUCUUAGGUUGCAGAGUUCCUUUGAGUUUUACAGAUACCUGUUACUGUGCAAUAAGCCUUUCCCCCUUAAUUAUGGGAAAUGAACAGAGUAAUUAAAAUGAAGAAAAGGCCACAUAUCAGUUGGCUUGAGUUAAUAGAGGGAUCAGUUUGAGGCUUAUCUGGUUGAUUUAGUUUAAUUAUUUAAUGCAGUGAUUUAUCAUAGACUGCAGGGUAAAGCAAGGAGAUCAGCAUAAACUUUUUAAAAAGACUCCAAAGUGGUGCUUCCAGGGCUGGGAGUGUAGUCAGUGGCACAGUGCUGCCUGGCAAAACAGUGUUCCCAAGCACUUUCAUGCUCGUGUUCAUUUGUAAAGUGACUUAGAAUUUUUUUUUACACAUGGAAUGUCUAAUAGUUUUUAACCAGCUAACUAUCUAAAGGCAUUUCCAGUGUGUAUCAUGGGAGGAAAGAAAAAGAAGUCUAGUAUUGUAGGUCCGUACACAGUUUUUAACAUCUCAGCUUCACUGCUUUAAUUAUAUGAAGAUCAAGGCUGGCCCAGCUAUGAGGCUGGCCCAUGACCAAUCCGAAACCUACCAGAGAGUUGACUGCCACACAGAGAACCCUGCUGUCAGGUAACAUUCCAGAAAACUUGGGCAGGCAGGUUUUUAUAGCUGCCCCACUAUGCUGCAAUAGAUUGUCUAUUAAAAAUUUUCCUCUGCAUUCCAGUCCCACUAUGGUGAAAACAUCAUUCCUGGGUCAAGUACAAAAUCCUUGAUUUCCUGUAUACAUAUAUAUAUAUAUAAAAUUUCAUGCACUCUGAGCGUAAACAGAAAUGCAUGAGUUUGCAAAGAAAUUCCAGUGAGAAAUGCCCUCCUCAUAUAGCAGACGGUUUUAUCUCGACCAUCCAGUGUUGCUUAGGAGAAAAGAACAACUACUAUUGUUAUUUAUUUAUUGUAUUUAUAUCCAGUGCUAGGCCAAAGUACUAAACUGAAAUUGCAGAUUAAGGUUACUAUUCCAGGUAAUUUAUUCCCAUUUUUUCUAAUCAUACACACUACAAACAUGAGGUGUGGGGAAAAUACAUGCAUAUGUGUUGUGUGAGGAGAGAUGCUCUCGUUACCUAGAGAGGCUUGUUCGGAAGCCUUGCAGAUUUUUAUAGAACUGAAUGGAAGAACAUUAGGAACCUAGGAAAACACUUCUUGGAAGGAGGCCCACAGAUUGCCUUUUUCAUCAGAUGCAGUGUCUCAGUGGUAACACAGAGCCUAUCGCCUCAAAGUAACAAAGCAGCCAGAGUCAGUUACACUGGAGUAGGAGAUUCCAAAAGUCUGGUGUCUUCCCAGACUGCCGAGUUAGUGGGAGAGGUGAGGUGCUCAGGUUCCUUUCUGUUUCUGAUAGAACAAGCUCUACUCAGACAAUAUAUGUGUGUCCCAGGGAGUCAGCUGCAGCACAUUCUGAAGGCUCUGUUUGCAGUUUGGACGAUGAUUCUUUAAUGGCAUUGCUGUGCUGGCCAGGCACAGAUUUCAGGGAGCUGCUGGGAGGAUGGAGAAGACCAAAUGGACUCAGCCUCCCAGAGUUCCGAGCAUUUUGAGUCACAUGAUCAUGGCCCAUGCUCUUUCGCUUACACACUUACUUCCCAGGAAGAGUUUCCACCCUGAAAAGUGACACAAUACUGUGAUGCAAGCCUGAACUUUCCAGCAGUCAAAUGUACCUUUCUCCAGUCUUUUGGUCUUCGGUAAUAAAUAUUUUGCUGUUGACUUGGAA